AUGAACUCGAUUCCCAUCGUCCUGUGGGCUUGCCUCUUUAUGCUCGGCGCGGUGGCGGUGCCGUCAUGCUACUCUCUGUUCCGCAAUUACCUGGCCGCUCGCAAGAUCGGCCUUCGCUUCCAUGUCAUCCCCAUCAGCCACCUCAACCACUUCUGGAUGCUCAUUGACAAAAAGGUUCUUGGCUAUGUCAAGCUCGUUUUUGGCGAGAGCGCCUUUACGCGUUACAACUGGAUGGGCUGGGAGCUGCACGACCGAUACUACUCCCACCAUGAACUGGGCGAUGCCUUCAUGCUGGUCACGCCCGGCCGCAACUGGCUGUAUGUCGGCCAUCCGGAGAUCGUCAUGGAAAUCGUUCGCCGAAGGGACGACUUUCCACGAUGCGUCGAGCUCACUCAGGUCCUUGAUGUUUUUGGCCCCAGCGUCGGCAGCGUCGAGGGCCAGCGAUGGGUGCAGCAGCGAAAGCUCAUGGCCUCGUGCUUCAAUGAGCGCUACAACGAGCUUGUCUGGUCCGAAAGCAUAUCGCAGGCAACCGACAUGAUUCGGUACUGGUCAUCGCGUCCGUCGGUACGAAGCACGGCCGACGACCUCCGCGGCCUGUCGCUCGGUGUGCUGGCCAAGGCCGGCUUUGGCAAGUCGUUCAGCUUCCAAGGCUACGAGGAAACGUCGCAUGCCGACCCUGCGGCCAGCUACAAGGACUCUCUCCAGCUGAUACUGGAAAACUGCAUCCUGCUCAUUGCCAUGGGGCCCAAGUUCUUCACAAACACGCCCUGGUUGCCGUUCAAAUGGCGGCAACUUGGAGAGGCCGUCAAGGCCUUCCAGAGGGCCAUGACGGACAUGUACGAGUCGGAGAAGCGCAAGGUUGCCGAGGGCACGUCUGACGAAGGUACCAGGCGUACCUUCUUGUCAUCCCUCGCCAAAGCGUCGCUUGAUGCCAAGCAGGGCGAGGGCCUCACGGAGCGGGAGAUUUACGGAAACAUUUUCGUCAUCAACUUUGCCGGCCACGACACAGCAUCCCAUGUCUUCACCUUUGCCGUGUAUUUCCUGGCGUCCAACCCGGCAGUGCAGGACUGGGUGUCGGAGGAACUCCGUCAUGUGCUGGGCGACCGGCCGCCGCACGAAUGGAACUACACGACGGAUUUUCCUAGGCUCAAGCGCUGUCUAGCCGUCCUUUACGAAAGCAUGCGGCUGUAUACCCCUGUUCCCGUCACCAAGUGGACGCGGGACAAGGCGCAAACUCUAGAUGUCGGGGACAAGACACUUGUCCUCCCGCCCAACACCAUGAUAUGCCUGGCGUAUUCCUCGCUACAGACUGAUCCCAGAUGGUGGGGUUCAGACUCGCUUACCUGGCGGCCGUCUCGCUUUAUAAAAGGCGAGGGGACAGACUUGGAUGCCGAAGUGUUUGUUCAGCCGAGACGCGGCACAUUUAUUGGCUGGUCGGAGGGUGCGCGCGACUGUCCGGGCAGAAAGUUUUCGCAGGUCGAGUUUGUGGCUACCAUGGCGUCGCUCUUGCGCGACUGGCGUGUAGACCCGGUGGUUUUUGAAGGGGAGACGAUGGACGGCGCGCGCAGGAGAGUCCUCGAUCUUAUUGACAAGGAGUCUGCCAUGGUGUUGUUGAUUCAGAUGUUGCAUCCGGAGAAGGCGCCGCUUGUUUGGUCAACGAGGGAAUCGUAG